AUGAGUACGCGUCACUCUUCACGAGCUUCUAAACCCUCGAACAAAGCUCUCGAGUCAAGCUCUGCAUCCCCUCCAAACACCACGGGAAAUGCAAGAGCUACUCGAGCACCCCGGUCUACUACGCGAUCUAUAACAGUGGAUAUACAAAAUGAAGAAGAAUUGCCAGCAAAUAAGCGGCGAAGAUUAUCGCCUACUAAAAAAACAGAGACCAGUGGUAGCCGUGGCCGUGGACCACGAGCUAGUAGUCGGGCGAAGGCCACCAAGGAGAUAAAUCCUGAAGAUGAUGAGGAACCUACAGACGUUGAUGAAACGCCACGUCCUAAACGUCCUGGGAGACAGGCGACUGCUUCUACCCGGAAGAAAGCCUCAGGGGGGACACUAGAGGAAGAAUCAAUAACCCUCGCUCCACCACCACCAAAGUUGAAUUCUGCAGGUCUUCCACAAAAGAUCACGAAUUUAUAUGGUGGGAGAAAGAAACAUAAGGAUAGAGAUGACACACCGAGUACUGUAGGUGGCAGUUUUACCGCCGCAGAGACAUCGCCUUCGAAGUCUGUUAGAAAACGAGGCAAUGGAUCUCAAUCUCAAUCACAACAGCAAGGAGCUGGCACUGGUGACGAAGCACCUACUGGUGUUGAUAAAUUUCGAAGAGGGAGGCAUGGGUCUGCGAAAAAGAAGACUACACCUGUGGUCCAGGAAGCAACAAAGCCAACAAUUGCAAUUAACGAUGUGGAACAUAAUGAGGCUACAAAAGGGGCUACAGCUUCACCAACAAAAAAGAGAGGUAGGAAACCAGCUGCAAAACCGGAUGACACGGACUUAGAAGGGGAUGUCAUUAUGGCAGAUAGCGAUGCUAGUCCAACGAAAAUCGACGGGAGAUUGGCACCUCGGGGUACGGGCAGGAGAACCAGAGGCCCUGCUCAAAAAAAAGACGAUGAAGGUGACAUAUUUGACUUUCCGGGAUCAGACGAAGAAGACCCUUUUAAAGCAAACUUGAAAAUCAAGAGUGCGAAAAAGACACCGUCGAAGUUAACGGCGACCUUUAGAAGAGCAAGGGUCGCUAAAGAAGUUGAAGAAGGCGGUAGUGAAAGUAAGGGAUUUGAAGGGGAGGAUGAAAAGGAAAAUGAGGAUACGACGGCGGAAGAAGAAGCUAUAGAAGUGCGCAAAGAAGUCAGAAACCUACCAAAAUUUCAAGGAAAGGUUACAGAGGAGGCAGUGAAGACUUUAAAGGCACACGUUAUGCAGAAGUUAACGGGAAGAGGACUCCCCGAGAGCUUAGUAGGGUUGAAAGAUGAAUAUAACACGGUCUAUCAACUAGUGGAGCAGACAGUAGUCGCUGGUGAAGGCAAUUCUAUUCUUCUAAUUGGACCACGAGGGAGCGGGAAGUCUUUGGUUACUGAGAAGGCCAUCGCAACAUUACAGAAGCACUUCGAGAAAGACUUCAUCGUUGUGAGGCUGAGUGGAUGCCUCCAGACCGACGAAAAGACGGCCGUCAAAGAGAUUUGGAGGCAGCUCGGAAGCAGUAUGGAGUUGGAUGAAUCGAAGCCUAUAAACUUCGCGGACACCCUGACUACAAUCUUAGCAUUGCUUUCUCACCCUUCAGAGCAUGAUCCUACUGCUUCACAAGAGGCAAUGUCAGAGACGACAAGUAUCUCCGUCAUAUUUUUACUCUCUGAGUUUGAACAGUUCGCGGCGCAUCCCCGCCAGACGCUGCUUUACAAUCUUUUUGAUAUUGCACAAGCAAGAAAGGCGCCAAUCGCCGUUGUUGGCAUGACAUCUAAGAUCAACAUUGUUGAAGACCUUGAGAAAAGGGUGAAGAGCCGAUUCAGCCACAGGACUCUGGGGUUCAGGACCGGCGGCAGCCUUGGUUCCCGCCUGGAGGGUUGGUGGGAAAUCGCUAAAGCUGGUCUAUGCGUCGACAUAGAUACCCUCCCGAUGGAUACUACCAAAACCGACAUGGCGUAUUACUCCCAGUGGAAUGCCAGCCUUGAUGAUGCGUUCAAGGGCGACAAGGCGUUCCGCAGAACUGUUGAAGGUGUUUAUAGCACGAGCAAAAGCAUACAAGUCCUAUACAACCAUUUGAUGGUGUCAAUAUGCAACAUUUCAUCCACUAUGCCUUUUCUAGGUGCCGGAUCAGCUUUGUCGAAGCACGCUUUAGCAGCUCCGGAUAACAAGCUAUAUCUCCUCGAAGUGACUCUCGUCUCCCCAGAUUUACCGGAGCUCUCCCUAGCCAUGCUCAUAGCUGCGGCGCGGCUCGAUCCGAUUCUGGAAACGGAUACAUGUAACUUUACGAUGGCAUAUGACGAAUACAAAAACUUGGUCAGUCGCGUUAAAAUUUACUCGCAGACGACAUGGGGAUUGAAGCUAUGGGGCAAGGAUGUGGCGCUGGCAGCAUGGGAACGGCUUGCGGAAUGGGAAUUAAUCGUGCCGGUCGUAGGAGCUUCGGCAUACGGCGGCGGGAUCGGAGUGACAGCUUCACUGCUUGUGGGAUCAGGGAAUACUGGGGUAGGAAGAAGAGAGAGUAGGAUGUUUAGAGUCGAUGUAGGGUUGAUGGAAAUUAAGAGACAAGGAAGAGCGUGGGGGAUGGGGAGUAUAUUGCAAGGGUGGUGUACUAUUUAA